ACUCCAAUCCGAUGACACGAAUGCGACUGCGCUGAGAGGAGAUGGAAAAAUCCUGCAGCCAUGAGCGCAACAACGGAGGUCGCGUAGACGCCAGCGUUCGCUGCACAUUUACACGACGAUAGUCUGUAUCGUCACGGAUCAUUUUCCGGUCUGAUAUCACAGUAGGAACAGUUCGCCAGAAAAGGGUGACGCGAUGACUGUCACCGAGCUGACCACACAGCAAGAAUUCGACGACUUUGUCAAGUCCAAAGAACUUAGCGUUGUUCACUUUUACGCACCAUGGGCACAACAAUGUUCCCAAGUGAACGACGUACUCAAAGAGAUGACUAAUUUGGAACAAUACAAGGAUGUCAAGUUUGCUAAAGUCGAAGCAGAGAACUUGCCCGAGGUAUCUGUAAAGUCUGGAAUAGCUGUUGUACCUACCAUUCUUCUAUUGAAAAACAGCAACAUUAUAGAUAGAGUAGACGGUGCCAAUGCUCCUGCACUGACAGAGAAGAUCAAACAGCAUUUGAAAAACAAGGAUCCUCUGUUGCUAGAUGUGUUCCAAACGAAGGAAUCCCUUGAGGAGAGACUGAAGAAAUUAAUAAAUCAAGCACCCUGCAUGCUCUUCAUGAAAGGAAAUCCUGCUAAUCCACGAUGUGGUUUCUCCAGAACAAUUGUUUCCAUCCUAGAUAAUUAUAAAACAGAUUAUAAAUCGUUUGAUAUAUUACAAGACAAUGAAGUUAGGGAAGGACUUAAAAAAUUUAGUAAUUGGCCAACAUACCCGCAAUUGUAUCUAAAUGGAGAACUAAUCGGUGGAUUAGACAUAGUGAAAGAAAUGGAUGAGUCGGGCGAGCUUGAAAGUAUGCUACCGAAGAAAAAUAGUGCGGAAACUAAGUGAAUUGAUAAAUAUAAUUAUAAAAAAAGAAAAAAAAAGAAAUGUUUAAGUUAUCUUUCUUAGAUAUUGCGUGUUAAUUAUGGAAAAUAUAUCCUACAUGGAAGCAAAAGCUAUUUUUGUAGGAAUAUAUCGUUUGUGAAAUAAGUGAUUAAAUAUAUUAUGUAUU